CUUGAGACUGAAAAUUCUUCGCGAUCUUGCUAACAGCUGCAGUUCAACUUGAUCGUCUAUCAAAAGUAUCUGGCUGUCACCUUGCAAGCCAAGUGAAUCGAUAAACAUCCUUCCGAGGGCAUCUCACAUACUCGAGUAUUACCUGAAAUUGGGAACGAUGUUGAACGUAUUGCGAUCUGUUCUUCCAACGAUGGGCGACGCGUCUUUAACACCAGAGAUGUUAGAACUAAACCAGAAGAUCGAGAGUGCCAGACAAGCUAUCCAGGACGCUCCUGAUGAUUCUUUCAAAUUGGACUAUCUGGGCAAUCUUCUUGGCGUCAGAUACUCGACACUGGGAAGACGGAACGAUCUCGAAGAAUCGAUCCAGUUCGCACGCAAAGCUAUCAGUGCAGCGCCCAGUGAAGAUCGUGGCCGCAAUCGAUAUCUGAACAGCCUUGUUGUGGGGCUCGGGGAUCGUUACUUGAAGACCGGCAGCGUGGCGGAUCUCAACGAGGCAAUUGAGAUAGCGGAAGCAGUUGUCAACUCAACUUCGAUGAACGACCCCAAUUGGCCGGCGUAUGCAAACAACUUCGCGUCUCAGCUUAAUAGUAGAUUUUCACAAGAAGGGUCGGCGGCUGACCUUGAAAAGGCGAUCAAGUUCUGGCGCAAAGCAGUCGAGGUGUCUGAACGACUCCAAACUCCACAGGAGAUAUGGGCAAACAACCUUGCCAUCGCGCUUGGUGCAAAGUUCCAGCUGUCAGGUGAACAAAACGACUUUGAUGAAGCGAUCCAGAUCACACGGAGUGUCCUCGACAAUACUGCAGCAGAUCAUCCUCAUCGAGCACGACGCCUGAACACCCUCGCAAAUCGGCUCGCCGAUAGAUAUGCAAGAUCAUGGGCAGUACUAGACCUUGAAGAAGCUAUUGAGAAGGCACGCGAAGCUGCUGCCUUGAUACCAGACGACCACCUUGAUCGAAACGCAUAUCUCAACAACCUCGCAUUGCUUCUUGGCGAUAUGUACACAAGAACAGGAAGUGUUGAGGCGUUAAACACAGCCAUUGACAUCGGCCAGAAAGUGCUCACCACAACGCCCAAAGACGAGCCCAGCCGUGCCGGAAGACUAAACAACCUCAGCAUUCAGCUCCGAUACAGGUACGUUCAGAAGAAAGCGGCGGACGGACUUGACAAGAGUGCUUUGACAGACCUCGAUGAGAGUAUCAAGUGUCUGCGAGAGGCUGUGAGUCUGGUCGGGCCGAAACAUCCAGAUCGAGCUCAAUGGUUGAAUAACCUUGGGGUUCCCCUCGGUGACAAAUACAAAGAUACAGAGGAUAUGUCAGUAUUACAGGAGUCAAUCAAGAUCAUGCAGGAGGCUGUUGCAACACUCCCAGAAAACCAUGCUGAUCGGGCUGCUUACUUGAACACCCUGGGAGAUCGACUGGCGGAUCGAUACUUAAAGACAAGAGCAAAAGAAGAUCUCUCAGCCGUCAUUUCGUCAUACCGAUCGGCUCUAUACCAUUCGAAUUCGGUAGUACUUCAUCGCAUGACAAGUGGUCGAAAGGUUCUCAGAUAUCAUUCAGUCAGGGCGGAUUGGCAAGAGGCUUACCAAGAUGCCCGGGCUGCCGUUGAGCUAAUCCACAACCUGACUGAGCGGACACUCUGUGACAGUGACAAGCAGUAUAUGCUCGGACAGAUCGUUGGUCUAGCUUCUGAUGCGGCUGCAACAGCAUUGAAUGCAGGGCAGGAACCUCUAAUUGCGCUAAGCUUACUUGAGCAAGGGCGUAGUGUGCUUAAAGCAUUUUUGGGCGAGAUGCGAACAGAUCUCAGAGAUCUUCAAGCCAAACGCCCUGAUUUGGCGAGAGAAUUCAAUCGUCUUGGAGGGAUUUCGAACUCCUCAGGGACGAAAGACCUUCCUGGAGAUCAAGAGGAAAAUUGGCCUCCCGCACAAGACGUUGCCACCAUUCGUUCUCGCGCAACAUUCGACUUAGAAAACCUUAUUUCCGAGGUUCGCGAAUAUUCCGGUUGUGAAUCCUUCCUGCUUCCUCCAAGUGAUAAAGGUAACAUAGCUGCCGGAAAAAAUGGGCCGAUCGUUGUCAUCAAUGUCAGUGAGCUGCGCUCCGACGGAAUACUGAUCGAAUCUAGCGGGUUAAGAUGCAUCCCACUACCACAUCUCCGGCCGACAGAAAUUGAAGAGAUGUCUGAACAGGUCGAUCGAGGGAGUCCAGCGAUCUUGGAGCGCCUUUGGAGUGUCGUCGCAGAACCAACACUGCAAGCUUUAGGAUAUGCUGCAGAAGCAAAAAUCGACCAAGUUGUUGCUGCAGCAGGCCUUGAAGAGAAUGAGGUAGCAGAAAUGGCAGCAAUGGCAGCGAAAAGCCCUGAUCAGCGAAGCACGUCUCAGGGCAUAUUUCAGGAUGAGGCUUCCGAAAGCGACACUGAAGCAGCAAUCUUGAAGAUUCUAGACGGAGACGUGCCACAGUUCAUUGUACCUAAAGAGAAAGAGCCCCACCAGAUCAGGAAACGAAAAGUUCAGGCAGCGAAAAAGGCUGUGGCUGAAGGGCCAGCAUCGGAGCGUUUGAACAACGCACCCAACCCCGUCCUUAGCAGUCCUAUUCGUUCGAUCCCAGUCCGGACCGCAAAGCCAAAAUUCAUCUCGCCCAUGGGGUAUUUCUUGGCAAAUGACGCAGUACUAAAGUUAUUGGAGUUGGUCCCUCAUCUACAUCACCGACUUGUACAAGGCCAGCUAUCUGGGCAACAUGGCAGUCCUAUAUCACAGGAUGGCGAAUACGUCCCACUAGGCCCUUCAGCUAUCAACCCAGAGCCAAAUAAUGAUACAAUCGAAGCUAAGGGCGAGUAUCUUAGUAGACAAUCACUUAUCUCCAAUAAUCGAGGCUUUCAGAGUAUGGAACUUGUAGAAAGGUGGCUUCGGAUCUCAGAUCCAGUCGAAACUGUGCGUAGUAUAGGGCUGCAACCCAGCGUUAGUGAUGAUGUGAUCACUUUCGAUGGUCUCGCCUCUUGCGAGGAACUUAGUACCGGAAUGACCGUUCACCAGAGCAUGAAUGCGGAACUUGAUGAGCAAGACCCGCUCAAAUGUCAUGGUGAUGUUCUGGUUGCUAGAAGCGCCUCAAUUUUGCCGGUCAGUGAAGCGGACCGAGAGUUCAGUCAGAAAGUCGCGGAUGAAGAGGAUCGCCAAUCAGUACAGUCGAUAGAAUCGUCCACCACACGCCAAUCAGUACAGUCGAUACAAUCGUCCACCACACGCCAAUCAGCACAGUCGAUAGAAUCGUCCACCACGCUUGUAUCAUCAAUCAGUGGUUACACCUCGGUAGAGAUAGCAAGUGCCACGUUUGAGCUGAGAAGAAUACUUCAAGGAGAUCAACGUCUCCUUAAACUGUAUCGACUGGCUACCGAGAACGCAGAAAUUGGCUCCGAUGGAUUACAGCAAAAUCUUGGCCGCUUGCUCAAGCAAAUGUCGCAAGAUUUGAGAGUGGAAGCAAACAAGGAGCUGGAGGAACUGGCAUCACGCUUCGUUGAGCUGAAAGCAAGAAGCAUGGCUCAUUGCAUUGUGGAGGAUCUCCGUGUGACACGAGUUGUACCGCAGCGACCUGCUGAAGAGAAGGAUGGGGAUAGUGAAAGCGACCACGAAGACAAUUCGAUCAACGAAGACCGAUUUGAGGAUCUGACAAUUUUUCGAACAUUUCUAGUCGAGAGUCAAGCCUUCCAAACUUUUCAAUCACGAUUAGCGGCAUUCGUCAUUCCUAAACCAACACAGGCCACCGAAGCGAAGAUUACAGAUGAGAACACAGAUCUGAACGAGCAGAGACCGGAGUCUAUCUGUCGUACAGGCUGGUUCAGAAACUUCUGCAUGGCCAUUCGAGAAUGCGUUACAACAGGGUUCGUAGAACCACAAAUUGCGCCGAAAUCUGUCCGAGUAAAAUGGCAUUGUAGAUGUGGCGAUGCCUUUUCCAGCGACGUGUUUGAGUACCGCUCAGGUGGCAUCCACAGACUCAAAGAGCGGAUGCAGCGUUCCGGGUGUCGCAAUGUCACCAUCACAACUUGCAAUCAGCAGCUUCCCCGAAACAGUUUCACGCUUCAGACUCCACCAUGGCUUCAAAAAGUCAAAAGAAAGAUGUCAGCCACUUUGUCAUUGUUCACAAGGGCCUCGCCUGAUGAAAUGUACUUACCUCAACACAAAACCUCAAAUGUUGUGCAAGCCUCCAAAGCUACGAAGCCGAGCAAGCCUGUCUCACACCGCGAAUUAUACCUCAUGUCGUGCAUACACCGCACGCAGCACCAUAUCACAGUUACUCAAGAUCUCCUUGAAGAUAUCACGACUGACCAACAGCUUUUUUAUUUCCUCAAACACCAGCUCAAACUGUACCGUGGCAGCUUCCGCAAUCUACUAUCUAUGCGCCGUGUUCAAAGGAUCUUCUUUGUAAAAUUUCGCCUCCACAAGAACAGCGUAGCCCAAGUCCGCCACCACACAUACUGCUGCACCCAAAGCAUCUGCGAAUGCAUCCCCCCGCAACACAAAGUCAUAAAGCCCCCUAUGGGCUCUGGUGAAUACGCCUGUAACCCGUCUGGGCCCCCAGAUACCUGGCCGCCUGUGUGUCCUGAAUUCAUGAUGCAUAUGUUCUACUCUCCGCAAUGCAUAGCUAAGGACGACACUUUAGUUCUUGAGCAGAUUCCGAAGAAGAUGGACUGUAGACUUGACGAGACAAGCGGGUCGCGGUUAGAGGGUUGGGGGUUGUACUUUCAGGAAGACAUUGAUGUUAGCACAAUUAUUGUUGUUCUGUUUACGACGUUGUUUGUAGCUAGUUUGUUGUUUCUUAUCAUCUGGACAGUACUCAAAGAUGAUAUUCAGGGGGCUUCUGGGGUUAGUGCGUACAUUGUGGCGGUUGCGAGUAUGGCGGGGAUAUGGGUUUGUACGAAAAGUAAGAGUUUUGGAUGAGGUAAUGAUUAUCGAAAGGUGCUGAAGUUCGCUUACCAAAAGACGAGUUGUGGACUUAUACGGUCAGUGGAUUCCGAUUCUACUGUAGUGGGUACGGGUAGUUCGGUGGUACCGAAGCCAAUUGUACGAAUUACCAAGUUGAUUUUGACUAUUGAAAACAGAAAGGUUAUUUGAGUGUCGACUUGUAGUAUUUUAGUUGUUAAAAGCUAAGAGAAAGCAUACUAUUAGGAUGCUUCGUCAGCAAGAGUACUAUGUAGCGGUGCGUUUUCUUCGAUAAUUAAUUCCUACAUAAAUAAGACCAACUUGGGGGAUACUUGCUAUUUCAAUAGCCGUGUCUAUAGAAGCCCGGCGUUUCCUAAUAACGCGGCACAAGGGCAAUCCCGAAGCCACUAGAGCGAGAGAGUAGAUCUAGAUUCCCUACAAUUAGUGC